UUUUAUACCUGAAAACAUCGUUUGCGACCAGGGGCUUUCGAUGCGUGCUCGCCGACGCCGCUAGCCGCCCGCUUUUACGAGACGAUUUUCGAGACGACAUCGACGACAUCGACGUUCGUUCGUUCGUGCGUGCGUGCGUGCGUGCCCCCGAUUCGCAGUUCGAUGUAGUUUUAGUGUAGGGUUUGAUUUGAUUUUGUGUGCAUUUGAAUGCAGUUUCGGCAAAAACAAAACAACAAAAAAGCGCAAAAGAACGACACCGCGUGUGGCAAACAACAGUGCACAAGUGACCGACCCUGACAAGGAGCAGAUCGAUCGUUCUGUGCUUGCCGCCAAUACUCGAAGGUAUUGUGGUUCGCGACCGAUGAGUGUGCCCGUGGCCGGUGGAAUGCAUCCGAUCCAAGGGGAAGCAAAAACAGCACAACUCCCCAUAACCAUGUGAAGCUGUGUGUAUGUGUGUGUGUGUGUAGGAAGAAAAGUUGCAAAUAUCACAGCAAACAAAACAGUGAUGCAUUUAGUGAUGAAAAGAAAAAGAUCGUGCUUUUGGUGAUUGAGGCGAGGCGAACAAGCCGCAUCCAACAGUGAAACACCGAACGAAGAAGCUAAAGUGUGAAGCUGUGUGUAUGUGUUUGUCGUGCAUGCGUGUGCAUCAUCGUGAGGUGUGUGUGGUAGAAGAAAGAAAAGAAAACAAAACAAACAGUUGCACCAGGUUCGGGGCUCGAGCGUGGCAUCAAACACGGCUUCCCUCACGAACGCAGUAACACCCGGUGCGGAGGGAGCAGAAGCAGGCGCAGGAGGAGGAGGAGAAGGAAGAGGCAUCAAGCAGGUGGGCACGACUUCCACUUCCGCUUCCACCGUGGUGGCCCCUCCCGUCGCUGCCCCCACCACUGGCCACCGAAUGCAGCCGACCAUUCCGCAGAGCACGGGAGGCAGUGAUAUGGACCUCCCUGCCGUCCAGCCUAUGGAUUGGUUGUUCAAAAAGGAGCGCAUCUAUCUGCUAGCACAGUUUUGGCAACAGCGUGCCACGUUGGCGGAAAAGGAGGUAAACUCGCUCAAGGAGAAACUGUCGACCACGGACCGCGGAGUCAGCAACAACAACAACAACAACAACAACAAUAACGACGGUAACGAUAUGGACGUCACGGCACCGCCACUACCGCCAUCGCUUGCCACCUCGGCGACACUGCCACCGUCCCUGCCACUGGGCACGUCGCCGCCACCACCGACGGUCUCCUCGCCGAUGAUCGUCGAACAGAACGGUAUCACACCGCCAUCACCCUCGACCACACCGGUCUCCGACAGUGGCAGCAUCCAUCGUCCGGAGGGAGCGCUCAGUCCGAGCGAAAAGCCCCACGCCCCGGGAGCUCGAUCACCGAUGGCACGCGCCCGCACACCGGAUCUCGAUCGCAAGGUGCAGCAGGAGCUGGCCGCUCUGGCGCACUCCAUCAACAACAACAACUGCAUCGCCAGCAGUAACAACAAUCACGGCAGCACUCGAUCGCCAACCCAAUCGCCACCGACCACGGUUGGGGACAGGAUGGAUUACGACAGUGUGACGGGUGUGUCGAAGGGCAAGACGAAGGAAGAGUCGACCGUCAGCGAGUGCCACAAAGCGAGCAGCAGCGAAAAGCUGAACCACUCUGCGGAAACGAACUGCAGCGGAGGCGAAACGGACUCACCGGCCAAGGAGCCGGCGCUGGACAGCAGAACAAGAUCCCUGACGGAGGAGCUAUCGGCUAAGGAUCGUGAGAUAUCGCUCCUGUUCGAGGAAGUUGGACGGCUGCGGACGGCCAUCGCCAACAUUCAGGAAUCGCACAACCUGCAGAUCCAGCGGCUCGAGGACCGGCUGGAGGAGAAGCGGCAACACAUCGUGCGGCUCGAGUCGCGCAUCGAAAAGCAGCAGGACUUUGACGAUAUCAAAAAGGAAAAUAGUAUGCUUCGCUCGGUCGAUCUGAGUGCGUCCCACGAGUCGAAACAAUUCCAGGAGCUACUGCUCGAGCGCACCAAAGCGCUGGCGGCACAAACGGAGGCAAUCAAAUCGUCAUCGGCCACCUCAGAAGAUCUGCACCAUGGCGCGAGCCUGCAGGACCAGGACAAGGCCAGCAGCCACCACGAGAACUCGUCCUCCGCCAGCACGCCGGUCCUGCGCGAGGACUCGUCCCGGCACGACGACCGCCACCUGAACGGGGGCGGCGGCCUCACGCCCAUGUCCAUCUCCAAGAGCCCGCUCGAGGACAACAACAACACGCUCGGUGCGCUCAGCCGGCUGGACGGGGCGGCGUCCGGCAAUCUCAUACAGGGACUUCCGUUUCAAUUCCAAGAGCGUGGACAUUUCCGGUUUGCCGACGCGUCCGACAUGCAGCUGCCGCCCGGCUCGAUGGUCGGCCGGCUCGGCGACUCGCUCAUCCCGAAGGGCGACCCGAUGGAGGCGAAGCUGCAGGAGAUGCUGCGCUACAACAUGGACAAGUACGCCAACCAGAACCUCGACACGCUGCACAUCUCGCGCCGUGUCCGGGAGCUGCUCUCGGUGCACAACAUCGGCCAGCGGCUGUUCGCCAAGUACGUGCUCGGCCUGUCGCAGGGCACCGUGUCGGAGCUGCUGUCCAAGCCGAAGCCGUGGGACAAGCUGACGGAGAAGGGCCGGGACAGCUACCGGAAGAUGCACGCCUGGGCGUGCGACGAGAACGCCAUCAUGCUGCUCAAGUCUCUCAUCCCGAAGAAAGGUGCAGAACCGGGAAUGCCAUCCUACGGUCGGCCGGACGGUGAUCUCAGCGACGACCGCAUGCAGCAAAUCCUGUCCGAAGCGUCGAUGAUGAAGCGUGGCGAGCCGCCGACGCCCCAGCAGCAGGCCCACCAUCAGCAGCAGAUGCGGGAACAGAUGCAGCUGCAGCAGCACCAGCUGCAGCAGCUUCAUCUCAGCGGGCUGGACGACUCGACGCAGCACAGCGACAACGACUCCAAGUCGCCGCACAAUCGCGACGUCCAUUCGCCCUUCUCCAAAGACUAUCUCGGCGGCCGGCUCGGAAGCACCGGGCGGCCCAAGAAGUACGACAACGACGACAUCUCGCAGGACAAGAUCGCCAAGAUCUACCAGGAAGAGUUCUCCAAGCUGAUGCGCAGCCCACGCGACUUCCCCAAUCUUCUGUUUCCACAUUUCCUCAGCGGUGCGAUGCCUCCCGUGGAUCGCCCACAGGACGAAAACCUGCGGCUAGCGUUCGAGGCCUACCAUCGCGAGCUGGCCAAACUGCAGCAGAACGCUUCGGCCGGCCUGCCCGGUAUGCCCAACAUUUCCAACCUUCCCAACUUCUUGGCACUCCAGCACCAGCAGCAGCAGCAGCAGCAGCAGCAGCAGCAGCAGCAACAGCCACAGCAACCGUCGCAACCUUCCACCCCAUCCGGACAGCCGGCGACUCCUUCGCAGCCAUCGCAGCAUGCCGCGACCGGGCUGAACGGUGGCGCCGUGCAAGACCUAUCCCUGCCAAAGGAGAAGCAAUCGUCCGCCUCCAAGCUGAACGGUACCAUCUCCGAUGCCGAGUCCGAUGCCGACAUGAGCCAGAAGGAGCUGGACGACAGCAUGAAACACAGCGCCUUCAGCCUGGUCAAACCAAAGCCCUCGGAACCGUCGGGCAUGUGUACGCCCACCACGACGGCCUCCUCGGCGGCCCCGAGCCCCAUCGGCAACAGCAUCCUGCCCCCGACAAUCACGCCCACGGACGACUUCUCCGUGGCGGCCAGCCCGCUGCAACGGAUGGCAUCGAUCACCAACUCGCUCAUCACGCAGCCGCCCGUCACGCCGCACCACACGACGCAGCAGCGCCCGCUGAAAGCCAUCCUGCCGCCCAUCACGCAGCAGCAGUUCGAUCUGUACAACAACCUCAACACGGAGGACAUCGUGCGGCGCGUCAAGGAGUCGCUGUCGCAGUACUCCAUCAGCCAGCGGCUGUUCGGCGAGUCGGUGCUCGGGCUGUCGCAGGGUUCGGUCAGCGAUCUGCUCGCCCGCCCGAAGCCCUGGCACAUGCUCACCCAGAAGGGCCGCGAACCGUUCAUCCGCAUGAAGAUGUUCCUGGAGGACGAGAACGCGGUGCACAAGCUAGUCGCCAGCCAGUACAAGAUCGCGCCGGAGAAGCUGAUGCGCACGGGCAACUACAGCGGCACGCCCCAGCUGCCCGGCAUGCACCUGCCCAAGCAAAUGCCCCCCACGAUGCCGAAGAUGCUGAGCGACUCGAUCAGCAAGCUGCAGCAGGAUCAGCAGAAAACGCUGCUCCAGCUGCAGAUCUCGCAAAUGCAGCAGCAGCUGCCCAACGCACAGGCUGCCCAGGCCGCCGCGGCCGCCCAGCAUCAGCAUCAGCUGGCCGCUGCAGCAGCCGCCGCCGCCGCCGCCCAUCACGCGGCCCAGGUGCAGGAAGUCCAGCGCCACUCUGCCCAACAACCGCCCUCCUCCUCCUCCUCCUCCUCGCAGCCAUCGCCGCUCGGUGCCAUGGGCGGCUCCCAGAACUCCUCCGCACAGCAGCGACCGCAGCAGGCCUCGCCCCAGACGAUGCUCCUGACGCCUCCGGGCAUUCCUCCCCAGCACGCCAUCGCCCUGCAGGGCCAUGCCGGCGCGCCAGACAAGAAGUCCUCCAUCAUGAUGCCGAUCCACUCGCCCGUCCCGCAAGGUCCGCCCGCCUCCGUGGGUCAGCACGCGGCCCAGCCGGGCGCACCCAACUCGAUGCGCGGCUCGCUCCACCAGCACAUCUCGCCGACGGUGUACGAGAUGGCGGCGCUCACGCAAGAUCUCGACACGCAGGUGAUCACGACCAAGAUCAAGGAGGCACUGCUGGCGAACAACAUCGGCCAGAAGAUCUUCGGCGAGGCCGUGCUCGGGCUGUCGCAGGGGUCCGUUUCCGAGCUGCUGUCCAAACCGAAGCCCUGGCACAUGCUGAGCAUCAAGGGCCGCGAGCCGUUCAUUCGCAUGCAGCUGUGGCUGAGCGACGCCAACAACGUCGAGCGACUGCAGGUGCUGAAGAACGAGCGGCGCGAAGCGAGCAAGCGGCGUCGAUCGACCGGCCCUGGAGGACAGGACAAUAGCAGCGACACCUCGAGCAACGACACGUCCGAGUUCUAUCACUCCAACUCGCCCGGCCCGGGGUCGGUCGGGUCGCAAACGGCUCCGCCCAACAAGAAGCAGCGCGUACUGUUCUCCGAAGAGCAGAAGGAAGCGCUGCGACUCGCGUUCGCCCUCGAUCCGUACCCCAACGUGCAGACGAUCGAAUUCCUGGCCAGCGAGCUCGGCCUGUCCACCCGCACCAUCACCAACUGGUUCCACAACCACCGGAUGCGCCUGAAGCAGCAGGUCCCGCACGGGCAGCCCUCGGAACCGAUCCCGUCGCGCGAGAACCAAACCGGCGCACCCUUCGAUCCGGUGCAGUUCCGCGUCCUGCUCGGCCAGCGGCUGAUGGAGAUCCAGAAGGAGCGGCUGGGACUGAGCGGCAUGCCGCUGCCCUACCCGCCCUACUUCGCCGCCACCGCACCGGCCACCAAUCUGGCCGCACUGAUCGGGCGUGGAUUCAUGCCGGGCAGCGAGGCCGACCUGGCCGCACUCAACAAGAGCAUCAGCGAGCAGAUGAGCGGCCUCGACCUGUCCAUGCCGUCGACGCUCAAGCGCGAGGGCGACGACGACUACGAGGAUGACGCGGAGAACGAGGAGGAAGCCGGCAGCGGGCACCUGAGCGACUCGGAAUCGAUGGACAGCAGCAGCAAGCGGGGCGGCGACGAGGACGAUCUCAGGACGUCCCUGUCGCUCGCCAGCCUGCAGGCAAUGUCGCGGAUCAGCCGCCGCAAGCCAGCCGCCCCCCAGUGGGUCAACCCGGAGUGGCAGGAUCCGGACAAGAAGCCGACGUCCGCCGCCACGGCAGUCUCCAACAUUCCCUCCUCCGUCGCCGCCGCCGCCAAGAAAGACGCCACCGAUGCCAUCAUCAACGGGGUGUGCGUGCUGCAGCCGCCGGACGGUGUGCCCUCGGUGCAGCAGCGCUUUGCCGCGGCCAUGGCGGCGGCCGCCGCUGCCGCCGUGGCGGCGGCCACCGGUGCCGGAGCGACCGUGCCUUCCCAAAGCCCCGACGACCCGUCGAGCGACGCCGAACACGAGGAGGAUGACGUCAAGUCGACCCAUUCCAAACACUCCUCGUACGGGUCGGAAGGCAAGCUGGACGAGGAGCGACCCCGAACCGCGCACGAUCCCGAGUCGGAAUCGGAGGCACCCUCGGACGCGUUGCGGCCGGCGGAGGAUGCGUCGGACGCGGCGCAGGAAAGCAGCGGCAACCGAUCCGGUGCGACCAGUCCCGCCGGUUCGUCCGUCACCGUCAAGAAGGAAAUCCUCGACGACAACCACAGCGACCGAUGGGAUGCGUACUAAAGCGCAACUCCAUCCUCCGUUCAACGCGGUUCUAAACCGCAUCUGUGGGCACUGUCCCGUGCGUGUGCGUGUGUGUGUGUGUGCGUGGCAGUGGUGAUACAGGACGCCGGUAGCCCAGGCAUCAGUGCAAUCAAAAAUGGACGCAUCCAAAAUGGACGUUGGACACACGAAAAGUGUCACUCCCGAGCGCGGGCGAGCGGGCGAGAGAGGCGACCAAUGCAGCAAACAAAACCAAGAGAAAGUAGACAGUGGGCAGCGUCAGCUGGCGCUGUAUGUGAUUGUUCUAAACCUUCCGUUUUCCUUUGAAAUGCUCUACCUUUUGCUCUAUUUUGUGUUUGCGACCAUAUGCGCAACAUCGAUCGCAACAAGCGUGAUACGAUCGCACGGGGUACGAUCGCAAAUAUUCUUUCACACCUCCCAACACUUGUACAUAGCAUAUGUUCUUGUAAAGCAAAUGUAUUCUCCUGUUUUUUUAUUCUGUUUCCUGUUCUCGCUAUCCUUUAUCGCUGUAAGAAGACUGUUAAGGGUGAAGUUUUAAAAACAAAUGAAUAACCAGCUGUAAGGCAUUGAGCCAUUGAAGCGCAGAUCGCUAGCAACAGCGCAAUACAAAGAGCUGCAACACAGGCGGGCUCGGUUAGACGUUAAGACACGUUCAAUAUUUAAACGAAACUAUGGUUUAACUGUACGGAAUAGCACGAAUACAAAGAAACGAAGCGCAGCAAACCGCGCGCACUUCGGCUUAUCGGUUAGGUUUUAUUAUGCUUACGUUACUCCUUUUCCUUUGCUUAUGUUUUUACAUAGUUUAUAGAUCCAGCGAACAGCAGGGCUUAAGUCGUGAGUUAGGGAAUCUCUCCGCUUCCGCUAGCGCAGUUGCAGGAGCAUGGAACGAAACGAACCGAGCGACGACGCUCGUGAAAUGCAUUUAUAUGGUUUUUUUAAUCAAAUCUUGUAGAUAUCAACAAACGGACGGCGCAGCGGUCGGAAAAUGGAGUCAAGCAAAGAAAAUUCUAAUAAACGUACUUAGCGAGACAAAACAAUGUAUGCAAAAACAAAACCAAAACCAUUACAAACCACACACACACAGAGAAGGAAAGGCAACAUAUUCAAAUCCCGAAAUCGCGUUGCACACGGCCAAGGAGCAAAUCAAAACAACUCAAAUCGUAUUUAAGUAUAUGAAUCAAUCAAAAUUUAUCCAACCUUUUUGGAGAGCAGGAGGUGGACGAUCAGUAGCGAGGGAGGGAGGGAGAUAUUUUAAAGACAAAAUUACACACUUACGCGCUCAUCAACUUCCGCCAUGCGCCUGUUUGUGCGCUAUUCUCGCACGCACGACAAGAAAAGGGCGAUUUGUGUUUGUUUUGUAAAUUAUAUUAAUCAUAACUUCGGCCCGCCCACAGGCAAGUGGGAUCGUCGAGUGGGAUUAUAGUUAAACAAACAUAUGCACACACAUACACACCCAACCACAAACACACACACACAUUAUACACGGACUUGUACACAAAUACAAACUGAAAAAAGGCCAAAUAUAUUGUUAAAGUCUAAGUAAUUGAUAGCAUUACAGAGUAGUAAGGACGGUGUUGCUGUAGGCAGGAUGCUGCGCUGUGCUGUGUCGAUCAGUCCAGCAGAAGCAAGCGACUCCUUAGAAGAGGGGAGGCGCUUACAUCAGGUUGUUUUGCUUCCUCCAUUAGUUAUUGUUUUAUUUUCGCGCCCUUGCGUGUGACUGCCCGAUUCCACACCCAGGGUAGGGGUAGGAAAGGUGGCCGUGUUUUGUUGUGUUGUUGUUUUCCUCCUUUAGCAUCGAUGAAGCGAUCUCAAAUUUCAUACCAAAUAUAUUUAACAAUAUAGCGCAAGCAACACUUUUACAGACUUAAACACACACACACAAACCGCGCACAACACUGGCUAAGGCUGGAAAAUGGCAACAAAAGAUGGCGAACGCGCUCUCGCCAAACCCCACGGUUUUUAAAAGGCUAAAGUGUUUCCUUUCUCCUUUACAAUUACUUUCCUCGCCACCCGACGCGUGGGUUUGGAGGUUGUACAUUGCCCUGUACAUACAAAGAUGGAUCGUAGCCACACACGAUCAUUGGAUCAUUGGAUCAUCCUUUUCCCGUUGCUUCCAGUUGUUCCUCCCCCCCCCCACUGUAUGAAUUGAAUCACUCCAACUCCUCCCAUCUUUAACGUAAAUGAUGAUGAAAUGAGUAGCGAAACACAACCCCAUGAGCAGCAAUGAAACGCAUAUCCCGAAUUUAGCGAAAGCAACGGAACCGAUCAGCAGAAUCGGAAUGAAUGUUUACGCAUUUAGUAAGAGAUACACAGGUACAGAGAGUAAAUACACAUUUUAACAUGUUUGCGGGGACGAAUACGUAGCUCGUAAGCAGUGUACAUUUCAGAACCGUACGUAAGCCGACAGAGAUCGCUCGGGACAGGCAACGCGCCCGGAGGAACUGAUUUUAGUUUUUACCUUAUUGUGUAUCCCCAACCGUGUAUUGGUGGCGUUUGUUGUUGAACGAAAUAAGCGCACAGAUACACAUCCUUGCUUUUCUUGCACACUUAAAGGACGUUCGAGCGAAGCAACUGUUUAACAAAUUGUUUCGAAACGCCGGAAUACAGAAAGCAAGCGAGCGUUAAGAAAAAUGGCAAAUGGAAGGCAUACAAGAAUAGCUAGCAAAAGGUUCAACUUUUUUUUUUAAUACAUAAGUAAAUCGAAACAAAUUUAAAGUAAAGCACACAAGUAAUGAUAAAAUGGAAUGCAAAAAAAAACGAAAAAGAAAGCGACGAAACAUAAAAGAAAAGCAAAUUAAGAAUACGUAAAAGUGAGCAGGUGAAAGUGGUUGAAGAGGACGAGCGAAAAACGGUAACGAAAUGCAAUAUUAUGAGCGAAUGAGGAAACCCAUUGGAAGGUGAACAAUAAUUUUAUGCAAACAACAAAACAGCAAACAACAAAAUGUGAAAAGCUGAUCAAAACAGCACAAAAACAAAUGCCCCCCUUGUAGUAUGUAAAGUAGAAAAGCAAGCACAUUUUGUUAACUUAUUGUCCGUAAGUCUUCUAUUGAUUAGUUCUUAGGGUGAACAAAGCAGAAUCUUUUGCAUAACAACAACAACGACUACAACAAGUCCCUUCCAAUAAGUCAGCCCCUUCCCGGCUUUGCAGGACUCGCGACGAAAGCAGCGAGCAAGGACGGCAGGUUGUUGUUUUCGUUUUAAUCGGUUAGGUUUCGUUUCGUUUCCGGUUGAAUUUUUGUUGGGUACGGAUUACUUUAACCGUUUUGGGGGCGCGAUCGAUCGAGAUCGAUCUGUUGUAUGUGACGAAUCGUGUACAUAAGAACGUUGGCGGUGAGUUUUGGUUUGUGCACAUACACACAGUACUUCCCACCCUGUCUGUGUGUGGUGAGUUCAAGCAGCGAGAAGGUGAUCGUGGUGUUUGUUUCACAAAAUUAACCAGAUCGAGUAUUUAGAAAUGUCUCAAGCCAACCAGCAAAUCAUAAAGUUUCCUUUAUGGAACACAAAAAGGGAAAACAAACAAAAAAAAACACACGAAAAUUGUGCAGUAACAUUGUUUACAGUAAUUUAAACUUGCCCAAGGUAUAGUCAAGAGUCGGAAGCAAAUGGAGGAUAAAGCUAAUGUAUUAUUAAGUACGCUUAACCAGCGUGUUUCGAGGGUAAUGUAGUAAUUUAUCGAGAUUCAUUCGGCUUCUGGAAGGGAAAAUCAAUGAAACAAAAGCCGCUGGAACGUAGCAAUUCAAAACACUUUUCGUUUCGUAAUUCAGUCGAGUCGGUUAGGGUUAGUUGCUGUUCAGCUGAAGAAGUUGAAACUCCGAUUCCACGGCAAAAAACACACAACACGCACAUCCACAUCAACAGCACCCACACACACAUGCACAGACAACUCAAGUGACAACAGCAAAAAAAAAAAACAAAAAGAAACAAUGCUACAGCAAACAUAAAUAAAAGCGAAACAAUAAACAAAUGUCUAGGGAAGAGCGCGAGAUGAGGGAACACGGGAAGGCAAACAAGGUAAUGCAAAUUGUAAAUACUUAUUAUCAUAUCAUUAUAUUAUAUUGUAUUGAUUAAUAUUAUUAAAACAAAACACACAAGUAAUGGUAAUACAUUAUUGCAUUGAAGAUAAAGGGAAAAACAAACGCGGUAGACAAACGGGUGGAUCAAGCCCGAAAAUGCGUGCAAAACGCGGAAAAAGCGCAUAAACACAUACAAGUUGUAGCGAAAGACGAAGAAGAAGAAGAUGCAGACCGACGUACAGCGUACAGUAAUGGAAGUAUAAAUUAUAUUGUCUUCUUUAUGAAUUUCUAUACAAUAAAAGGAAAAAUAAAAUAUUAUCUGUAAUGAAUAAUAUAAAACAAAA